CUAGCUUGGUCUACUAUAAAUGAAGCACCAACCCUCAUCAGUUGAUAGAUCCAAUCUAAGACACUUGUCAGCCAGACGCGUACCUUUACACUGGUAUACGGUCCAGAAACUAACUCCCCAAGAUUAGCAAUGGACAACAGGCUGAACAGUGAGGCCCCAAGCUCGGCCCCAAGAGGUGUAUCAGAGGAAAUAAUGGAAACCAACAAGAUUAAAGAGCUUGAUCUUGUUCAGGCUGAAAGGCUGAGGGCUGACACCAUCCAGAAGGAACAGGAGGAAUUUAAGCCAGAGGUAAAAGUCAGCCAAGACGUGAAGCAGGUUCAGAAUCUGGAGGUGGUGAAAGUUUCCCUGGAGCAGGAGGUGAAGGCCCUGAAGGAAGAGAUCCUGAGAAGGGAAUCAAAGGAAGCAAACCAGAUUAAAGAGCUCCAAGAUCUUGUUCAGGCUGAAAGGCUGAGGGCUGACACCCUCCAGAAAGAACUGGAGGAAUUUAAGCCAGAGGUAAAAGAGAGCGCCAGCCAAGACGUGAAGCAGGUUCAGAAUCUGGAGGUGAAGAAAUUUUCCCUGGAGCAGGAGGUGAAGGCCCUGAAGGAAGAGAUCCUGAGAAGGGCAUCAAAGGAAACAAACAAGAUUCAACAGCUCCAAGAUCUUGUUCAGCAUAAAGACGAUCAGCUGCAGGCUGAAAGGCUGAGGGCUGACACCUUCCAGAGAAAACAGGAGGAAUUUAGGCGGGAAGUUCAAGAGAAAGCCAGCCGAGACCUGGAAGAGUUUCAGAAUCUGGUGGCGGAGAAAGUUUCCCUAGGGCAGCAGGUGGGGAACCUGCAGCAUAAGGUCUCGAGAAUGGCAACACUGGAAAUACACAAUACCACCAAGAUGGAACGUUUCCGAAAUGAUGUUGUGAAUUUCAAGAACAGCUGGCGUCAAGUAAAGAAUGAUUAUCCCCGCACUUUUUUGUACAAGAGUGCAAUGAGGCGGGAGGAACAAGAUAAAGCCAGAGAAGAGGUGAGGACACAGGAGGUAGAGGCCUUGAGAAGGGCACCAAAUUAUCAAAAAAAUAUAUUCAAGCUUCAACAUCUCAAAAAGUAUGUUGGGGCCUUAGAGUCCCAGCUGCAGGCUGCAAAGCUGGGGGCUAACAGCCUCCAGAAAGAACUGGAGGAGUUUAAGCCAGAGGUAAAAGAGAGCGCCAGCCAAGACCUCAAGCAGGUUCAGAAUCAGGAGGUGGAGAAAGUUUCCCUGGAGCAGGAGGUGAAGGCCCUGCAGGAAGAGAUCCCCAGAAGGGAAUCAAAGGAAACAAACAAUACAAACAAGAUUCAAGAGCUCCAAGAUCUUGUUCAGCAUAAAGACGAGCAGCUGCAGGCUGAUAGGCUAGAUCAGGAGGGGGUCAGCCAGGCUCUUCCGGAGGAGGUGGAGCAGCUCCAGGAAGAAAUAAAGACCCUCAAGCCUGAGAAGGAGGCAGAGCCCUCCCUCACAUCAGGUAACGUCCAGGUCGAUUGUGAGGGGGACACUCCAAACAUAGUCCAGGAGACAUCUGAGACCACCCAGACAGCACCUGAGGUAGUGGAGGACAUCUCUUUGUGGAGGAGGUUUAAAAAGUUCAUGACUCCUCACAGUCGCCGCCAAUACAAACAUCUGAGAUGGCAGAAGCAGGACCAAGAGUGAAACCCCCAGCCCUUCUGUUCCCCCAAUCCCCCCCAACAUACCCAGACUGUAACAGGCCAUCAGGCAGACACAGAGGAACAUGUGAAGUCCUGGCAGACAGAAGCUGCUGGACUCUGUCCGGGUUUUCUCCGGGCACUCCGGUUUCUUCCCACCAAAUACAAACUGGAAAAAAAUACCUUUUAGAAUAGUUUCUUAAAAAUGUCAAU